CAGACUGCAGUCAUCAGUAGGCGGCAGGGUUGCUCCUUCCAGGGGGGAAGAGGAAGCAGGCAUUGUUCCGGGAAAAGAAACGCUUUAUGGAUUAGUGUCGUAAACCUCCGGUUUAUUAGUGAAGGAUAGAGCUGGCAUCCUUUGUAAGACCAUUUCUGACAUAAAAAUGCCCACCUUAAACAUCAUUUACUAAUCUCUAAGCGGAGACGCCUGAAUUCAGCGUUUUGACUCUUUCCAUGUAGGACCCCAGGAUUGCCCGUCCAGUUGUUUCUGUACCCUGUUGUUUGCAAAGAGCAUUUUUCUCACGAAUACGAAUUUAAACACUCUUGGGCGUGUUAUAAGCGUAGUUAAAAGCACUUUUUAAAAUGGUUCGGUGUUUAUAUUUUGCCACACUUAUACUUUCAGUUUCAUAUCAGUUGAUACCGUUAUGUCACUCUUUCGAAUGGGACGAGCAGUCUAGUCCACUCCACAAUGUGCGGUCCAUUUUCACAAGUUUGUCCGAGGAAGCCCACAGUUGCUUGGUCUCCACAAUCGGUGAAAAGAGAGUAGACCUGUCUCUCCAGUUUCUACAAAGGGGUGUAAAAUGGCUGUCAGAUGCUGUAGCAUCAGCCCUUAACAUGGUCAUCCGGUACGUUACGGAAAUCUUGGAAUCAGCAGGAAUUGACGCCAAGCUACCUUUCCAAAAAGUUACUCCGGAGGGAGUGAUUUUUGUCACUCAGUGUGCCCUUCUGGUUGUUGUGGCCUACUGGAUAAUAGCCUUCAUCCUGCGUUUGGUUGUUGGAGCUGUAAGGCAGGCUCUGUGGCUGCUGAAGGUCACCUUUGCCAUGGGCGUGUUUGGAUUGAUUCUCAGCGACACUGGAGCCUCUGCAGAAACCACAGCGAUAAGACUAGCAGGCCUGGCGUGUGUUUGUGUCCUGAUAGGAAUAGGUAGAUCUGCAAAGCAAGAUACACACCUUGAGGACAAAAUCAAGAUAUUGGAGAGACGACUAAGAGAGAUGGAGAAAAGCAAAAUGGAAUGAUGAGGAAAUCCUCAUCAGACCAGAAAUAUUUAGUUUUCUUUUCUCUUUGCUACAGCUGUAAAUCCAUGGAAUCCAGCAUGAUAUUAUGACUUGAAACUCUGCAAAGGAACCACGUUGUUUGUCUAAACUGGGAGGGUGCUUCAAUAUUCCAAGUGUUAGUUAAAAGAUUAUUAAUUCUUAAGUCAAAUUUAUCUUUUGAUUUAUCUGGCAUCUAAAGGGGGGUUUAAUUGUUAACAAAAGGACUGAAUCAAAUGUCCAAACACCGUUUCCGGGGUCUUGUGGUACAGAGAACAGCAAAAUGUAUUUACACUGCAUUUAAAUAAUUAUGUUUUUGUUGUGUAGUACAUUAUUGAUGUGAUGCACAGGGCAACAGUACAAAAUGUAUUUAAUCAGUUAAUUCUAAUAAAUGUUUUGAACAAAAGCCCUGUCCGAAAAAUGGUCUUCUUGGCAAGUCCACUGCACUUUUUCUGUGACUGUAUUUUGGAGUGAAAAAACCUGACAUGAAUGCCUGAAGUCAGAAACACAUUUGUUGUGGCAAACAACAGAAAAAUUUGCCUCUGCAUUUAGUCUGAACCAGAUGUAAAUCCUCUUUUCAAGUUCUCCAUAUUUAUUAUUAUUUUUUUUUUUUUGUUAAACCCAAUUCUAUAUCUCGCCUCCAACUGGGUGAAUCCAGUGGAAUAUUUUGUUAUGGGGAAAUUACUGAAACCUGGUUGCAAUGUCUGUUAUGAUAAAAUCCUGGAGAUGCAUAAUGCGCAGACCUUAAAAACAACAUAAAUACUUUUUAUUAUAA